AUUUUCCUAUUUAUUAUCACCCGAUUAACCCGAAAAUACCCAAAUACCCUUAACAAACGCGCCAUUUACUUCCCGUCCGGCGCCGGCGCCGGCCGCCGUAAUUCCCAGUUCUCAAUCUCACCGCCUUCGCGACUAUGGACAAUACGCUCGGGUGCGUAAUGGUGGAGCUCCCGCUGGGGGACGCCGCCUCUGAUUUCAAUCUCGAAAAAGCCGUUUGCAGCGACGGCUUAUUCAUGAUGGCGCCCAACCAUUGGGACUCGCCUUCCAAAACCCUAACCCGCCCGCUCCGUCUCAGUCCCGACGGCGCCGCGUCCGUCGUCCGCAUCUCCCAUCGCGACCGCCAAGCGCUGCACCUCCGCGUCCUCGGCACGCGCUCCCUGUCCCCUCCGCAGCGCCGAUCCCUGCAGGUUCAGGUUAGGAGAAUGCUGAGAUUAUCCGAGGAAGAAAGCUGGAGAGUGAAGGAGUUUCAUGAGUUGCACCAGGAAGCCAAGGGCAGGGGAUUUGGAAGACUGUUCCGAUCGCCCACACUGUUCGAGGACAUGGUCAAGUGCAUACUCUUAUGCAAUUGCCAGUGGCCGAGGACGUUGAGCAUGGCUGAGGCGCUUUGCGAGCUUCAGCUGGAAUUGCAGUCCGCAGCAUCAGCUGGAAACGGAACUACUCCCACUCUUCAAGCUACCGAAUAUAAGCACUUUGCGCCGAAUACACCGGCAAGGAAGGAAUCAAAGAAACGAUCCAGGCGUGCAAAUGCUGUUGAAAUGCCUGAAUCCUAUAAGGGAAUGGAGUCGAGUCCAAUCACCGACAAUCUUCAUCUUCAGAUCCAAGCAGCAGAAGGCGAUCAACCUUUAAACACGACAGGAGAUAAUGCCGGCACUAGAAUUGCGAACUUUCCUAGCCCAGAGGAAUUAGCUAGAUUGGAUGAAAAGUUUCUGGCAAAGCGUUGCGGCCUUGGAUACAGAGCAGGUCGGGUAAUAAACCUUGCACGGGGAAUCAUUCAAGGAACGAUUCAAUUAGAUGUAUUCGAAGAUGCCUGUGGCACACCGAGCUUAUCCGUCUACAAUAGCCUGUUUGAGAAGUUGAGAGCGAUUGAUGGGUUUGGACCUUUCACAUGUGCAAAUGUGCUCGUGUGCAUGGGCUUCUACCACAACAUUCCUACAGAUUCGGAAACUAUCAGACAUUUGAAACAGGUUCACGGUAAAAUAUCAGACACCAAGACAGUCGGAAGCCAUGUAGAAAAGCUUUACGGAAAAUAUGCACCAUUUCAGCACCUAGCCUACUGGUACGAAGUUUGGCACUUCUAUGAGGAGUGGUUUGGGAACCUAAGUGAAAUACCCCGACCAAAUUAUAGACUCAUAACGGCUGCGAACAUGAAGCCUGAAAAACUUAAAAGCACAACAAGUAAGAAAAUGAAGUUGUGAUAAUCCAUCCAACUGUGAUCACUUGUUAUUUGUUAACUGAUGAACUUGAUUGUCUGUUUGUUUGAAUCUUGUGAGUCCUCUUUCGUUAAUUAUCUAUGGAAUGCAUCGAUAAAUAGUGAUGUGGUUUUAGAGCAUCCAUCCCUCUUGCAAGAAAGAGGAGUAUAACUUGGAACAUUUCAGUCUGUUGUAGGGUUGAGGGUUAUUGCUAUUAAAUUCUGUGUAAAGGAGAUUAUUGUUUUGUGGAAGAAAAAAUAUAUUGAAAGUGGCUUUUUUUUAAAAAAGUUACUAUUAACG